AUGCACAUCGGAUCUGUUCAUACGUAUCAACGCCCCUACGCAUGUGAACAGUGUGACAAGUCGUUUGCUCUGCGCGUUCAUCUACAACAACAUCUCAGAUCGGUUCACUUUGCUAAGCGCCCCUUUAAAUGUGACCAGUGUGACAAAUGUUUCCCGCAUAUGGGCGCUUUGGAAACGCAUGUCAGAGGUGUUCAUUUGGCUGAGCGUCCAUAUGUAUGCGAGCAGUGUGGUAACUCGUACACUCAGAAAGGCGCUUUGAAAUUGCACAUGGAAUCGGUUCAUUUGGAACUACGCCCCCACUCAUGCGGACAGUGUGGUAAGAAGUUUUCUCAGCAUACCCAACUACAAAGACACCACCAAGCUGUUCACUUUGAUCACCGCCCCUAUGUAUGCGAAUAUUGUGAGGAAGCGUUUGCUCGGAAGCCGCAUUUAAAUGCGCACUUCCGAUCUGUUCAUUCGGAACAACGCCCCCACACAUGUGAUCGAUGUGACAAGUCGUUCGCUAAACUCAACCAUCUGCAAAGUCACCACAGAUUUGUUCAUUUGGGUGAACGCCCUCAACGUAGAUCAUCUAUUCAAAAGAACGCAUUGAAAGCUGACAUCAGUGCUACUCAUUCGGUUGAGAACGAGACCGGUGAAGAACCUCAACCUAGAUCGCCUGUUCAGAAAAACGCACUGAAAUCUGACAUCAGUGAUACUGAUUCGACUGGGAACGAUACCGAUAAACAUCCCCGAUGUAGAUCGCCUGUUCAGAAGAUCGAAUUCCAAGCUUACAUCAAUGAUACUGAUUCGGUUGAGAAUGAUACCGAAGUGUCGUUGGACAAAAUCUAA